GAUAGGGGGGGGGGGGGGGGGGGGGGGGGGGGGGGGGAGAGGGGGAACAGAGUCAGUAUAUAUACUGAUACUAGGCUUGAUUAUUUGCUCCUUCUCGAGAUCGCCCAUAUACCUUUUUGGUCCCUCUUCAAUUGUUGUAUCAAAUUCUCUACUAGAAUAGCACUCAAAAUGAAGGACACCAAUUAUCUCAACGUCCCGACCUCGUUCAAGUUAACGCAAGUUGAUGGUCUCACCUCACCAAGACCCAACGUCGAGCCCGAUGUGAGCAAGGGCCCUGCAUACUUCGCACCAAUCAGUGAAGGAGCUGAUGAAGACUAUGGAGCACUUCCUGGAGAACUUAAUAUCCUGGCGAAGCUCACUGGGGAUUUCCACGGUGCUGGGUUGAACAUGAUCUUCCGCCCAUCCUGGGGAAAUAACAGAAGGAAUAACGUUCUGGAGUACAACGUGACCGAAGAGGACACACAAUUCUUGAAGGACAUUGGCGACAUAUUCAACCGAGGCUUGGGCAGGCAACGAGACGUCAUUUUGAAGGGUGUCCCAUACAUGCAGACGAUCAAGGACAUGCUCAAUCCAGAAACAGGACAGGCUGAUCGCAAGGAAGGAAUUCCAAUUCACUUCGAGUCAGGCAUGUUCCUUAGGACCCCACCGACUGAUAUCAGGCCCGAGGUCCUUCAAGGCACUAUCUCACGCCUAGCAUCUAUACCACACGGAACUGCCAUCAACUGCCAAGGCUUCGAACCAGACAUGAAGAACCCUAUACUUGGUAACCCGAUUAUCAAACCAAUCUCAGUCUUACCGUUCCCCAUGGGUAUGCAUGGCGAUGUCUACACAUUCGCAGACUUUUUUCCUCAGCUGAAUUUCAAGAGGAAGUAUGAGCUGCGCAUUCCUCAAGAGAUCAGGGACGGCGGCGUACUCAAUACAUCUCUCAUGCUAGAUCCAAAUCAGAUGCUAAGAGAAUUUAAUGAGAACAGCACGAAGAAAAAAAUCCGAGAACACUUUUUCUUCUCCAUCCAUUCCGACCCCGAAGUCUCUAAGAUUCCCGGCGGUGGCACAGCAAACAUUGCUUUCCUGCAAGGCUCAGGUAUUCGUGAUGGCCGCCAAAACCCAGGCCCUAAUGCCCAUGGCGUCAAUGUCGGAUGUGAUUAUUGGAUUUCAACCGUUGAAUACGAUGUUCUGCUGCCGGAAGGUGAUUUCUCUGGGGACAAAAAAGAGACAAGAGUGGUUGAGUCUGAAGCACGGAAGGAGGAGAGAGAAGCUGGCAAGAUAGUGGUUUCUCCUUCUUUCGAAUUGAAGCUGGACAAGGUGAUACCACCAAACAGGAUUGUGAAGUUCGACGCUACCCAAAUUCAAUACUCCCAGAACGUCACAUUGGACUUUGAUGAGAUGGGUUGGCCACACGUCUCAGUGGCCACGUUGUCGCCCAAAUACCCAGUGCCAAUUGAGGCUUCUCAGAUUAUCUUCUGAAGUAGCAUAUAGUAGAAUGAGUUUUGUUGAACUUCUUUUUCAAAUGUGCUUUAUUUUCAUCUCCUCUACCUGUGAAGAGUGGUAGGUCCGAAUCAUGUUACGCAAGAGGGUUGAAUUAAAAACUAUGAUCGAGAAGGUGGUUUAAUCUACUCGAGGUCGUUAUGUGAUAUUGUAAACGAACUACAGCAUAUGAUUGCCCUCUACUCCCCUCUAGACACUGUGGAUAGCUUGAGGUAAUUGAACCGAGUAUAAAUUAAUAUCA